CAAAUUUUGUAGGCGACGCUCGGAGAAAAUUUGCACAAGUACACGUAAUCAUCACAACCGUUACGUACAUGUAGUUGCUGAAUUGGAACUGUCAAAAGAACCUAAUCAUGACAACUACAGCACACACAACCGCUGCUUCCCGGAGUGAUUAUUCAUGCGAGGACCAAUUGAUUAGUUUUAAAAAUCUGCCGGCCUCCUCCUCAGGGCAUGGCGGCUCACGUGCUGGUGUUCCCGUGGCCGCUGCAGGGCCACAUCAACUCCAUGCUCCCUUUCGCCGUGGCCCUCGCCGGCGCCGGCGUCCACGUCACCUUCCUCCACACGGAGCCCAACCUCCGCCGCGCCGCCGCCACCGCUUCGCCUGCUGCACGGCUCCGUUUCAUGUCCGUGCCGGACGGCCUCCCCGACGACCACCCCCGCUCGGUGGGCGACCUCACGGAGCUCGCCAUGUCCCUCAACACCACGGGAGCCGCCGCGUACCGUGCUCUCCUCGAUUCCAUGCUCUCUGCAGCCGGGAGCCAUGCCGCCGAUGCGGGAGCCGCCGUUGGCGUGUUCCCGGCGGUGUCGUGCGUCGUGGGCGACGUGUUCCUGCCCUUCACCGUCGAUGUCGCCGAGGAGCUCGGCGUUCCGGCGCUCGCGUUCCACACGGCGAGCGCGUGCAGCGUGUUGGCUUACCUUUCCCUGCCCAGACUCACGGAGCUCGGCGAGGUUCCCGUCUCCGUGGGCGUCGACCUUGACGCGCCCGUCCGUGGCGUCCCGGGUAUGGAGGGUUUCCUCCGGCGGCGAGAUCUUCCAAGCACUUGCCGACGCCGUCCCGACACCCACGGCAUCGACCCCGCUUUGCAUAUCCUCGCGGGGCACGCCGCCCGCAGCUCCGGCGCACGGGCGCUCAUAAUCAACACGGCCGUGUCGCUCGAGGCGCCAGCGUUGGCGCGCAUCGCGCCGCGGAUGCGCGACCUCUUCGCCAUAGGCCCUCUGCACGCCAUGUCGUCCGCGGCGGCACCGGCGUCCACCAGCUUGUGGCCCGAGGACGAAGGAUGCAUGGAGUGGCUCGACGGGCAGGCCGACAAGUCCGUCGUGUACGUGAGCCUGGGCAGCCUCGCGGUGAUUUCACUGGAGCAGUUCACGGAGUUCCUGCACGGGCUUGUGAACGCCGGCUACGCGUUCCUGUGGGCGCUCCGUCCGGACACGGUCGGGGCGAGCCAGAGCACCGUGCUCCAGGAAGCCGUCGAGGCGGCGGCGAACGGCAAGGCGCGCGUCGUGGACUGGGCGCCGCAGCGGGACGUGCUGCGACACCGCGCCGUGGGGUGCUUCCUGACGCACGCCGGGUGGAACUCCACGCUCGAGGGCAUCGUGGAAGGCGUGCCGUUGGUGUGCUGGCCGUUCUUCGGCGACCAGCAGACCAACAGCCGGUUCGUGGGCGCCGUGUGGGGGACGGGUCUGGACAUGAAGGAUGUGUGCGAGAGGGCUGUCGUGGAGGGGAUGGUGAGGGAGGCCAUGGAGUCCGGCGAGCUAAGGAGGUCGGCUCAAGCGCUGGCGAAGGAGGUGAGGCGGGACGUCGCUGAAGGAGGAUCGUCCGCGUCGGAGUUCCGGAGGCUCGUGGGCUUCAUCAAGGAGCUCAAUGUGAAGGGUUCAAUUUCAAAUCAGUAAUUUUACUCUCAGUAAAAGGCCCCUAUUCCAAGGAAAAUUAAUAACCCGGGCACGUUUAACUUUGUUUCGCCGAUGAUAAAUCACUCUCAGUAAAAGGUCCCUAUUCCAAGGAAAAUUGGUUGAUGAAGUUAUUGUUACAGCCAUUUUCACCCCUCGUUGAAAAACUACUCCAGACUUUUGUAGGGGCAAA